AUGCCAUCACCUAUACCUCUCAGUCGCUUUAUUCCUUUGGAGUUUUCCCCAUCCCUGGAUUUACGACCCUGCAGCAGCCCUUUAGUGAUCCCUGGUAAAGAUGGAAAAAGCUUCUUAGGGGGAACCCCUUCACUCAGGACUCGCCGCCUGCCCCCACGCCUGGCCUGGUGCUCCAUAGAUUGGGACCAGCUCUGCCUCCUGCAGCCCCUCGGCUCUGGGGGCUUCGGCUCUGUCUACAAAGCCACGUACCACGGUGCCACUGUGGCUGUGAAGCAGGUGAAGAAGAGCAGCAAGAACAGGCUGGCAUCGCGGCAGAGCUUCUGGGCUGAGCUGAACGUAGCCCGCCUGCAGCAUGCGAAUGUGGUGCGUGUGGUGGCUGCCAGCACGUGUGCUCCUGCCAGCCAGAACAGCCUGGGCACCAUCAUCAUGGAGUAUGUGGGCAACAUCACCCUGCACCAUGUGAUCUACGGCACUAGCGACACGUGGACACAGGGAGAGGAUGAUGAAGGAGGGUGUGGAAGAAAGGGCCUGAGCAUGGAGGAGACUGUGUUUUAUUCUUGUGACAUUUUGACUGGCUUAGCCUUUCUUCACUCGCAGAGUAUCGUGCACUUGGACCUCAAACCUGCGAACAUCUUCAUCACUGAACAGGGAGUGUGCAAGAUUGGAGACUUUGGGUGCUCCCAAAAGCUGGAGGACGGCUUGUCCCCGAGCCCCCAGGUUUGCCAGCAAGGGGGCACGUACACCCAUCGCGCCCCCGAGCUCCUUAAGGGGGAGCGGGUGACCGCCAAGGCCGACAUCUACUCCUUCGGCAUCACCCUGUGGCAGAUGGUCACGCGGGAGCAGCCCUACGAGGGAGAGCGGCAGUAUGUGCUCUACGCUGUGGUGGCCUACGGCCUGCGGCCACCCCUCAGCGCCGCGGCCUUCCUCGGGGCCCCCGCGGGCCAGCGGCUGCGGAGCAUCAUCAGCUGCUGCUGGAAGGCCAAUGCUGAGGAGCGCCUGAGCGCGGCCCAGCUGCUCCCCAGCCUCCAGGCCCUCCAAGGCAGCCGCUAG